GGCUAGGAUUGGCGCUGGCUCCACCCCUGAUAACGAUGAUGAUGUGACAAAUUCAAUAAAACAAAUAAAAAGAGGCGACAAAAACAGCGGGAGUAUAUGAAGAAAAUGGUUACAGCCGUUGAUGUAAGAUGAGUGUACGUUUCAAUCGUGACCUUGGGCCAUAGGGGUCUCUACUCCCUACUCUCUACCUUCACGGCAUGACCAGCCUUUUCAAUUCAUUCAUGGAUUGAUAACAUAAAAGAACCAAGUGGGUCUGCUUGUGACAGUCUCUAGUCUGUGUUCUUCCUUCUCCGCCAAUCCUGCGAGGAGAGAGGGCGAAAACAUAGGGAAACGAGACGCGACAAUUAUUAUGGAGUAUUUUUCCGGCGCAAGGCUCGGGAAUCUAGUUUCAAAGGCAACCACCACAUUUACUCAACCCCGUUCUGCCAUCCGGAAAGUGCAACAUGGAUUCCGAGAACUGAAGCGUAAAAAGGUGGAAGACGAAAACAAGGGAAGCAGUUGAAGCGCGACGAUGGCCGAUGACGAGGUUCCGAAACAGACGCGAGGACAACAGACAGAGCAGGAGAAAGCAGAACUGGUGAUACAGAGAAAAUUUGGAAAGAAACAACUGCAAAAUGUAGAAAGCAUGAGGAUUAAUUGCUAUUGCAGUUUGAGUGAGGUAGUGAAGAGGAUAAAACAACAACUUAAAGCUGAAGAAUUGGUUGAAUUCAGGAGGAGUGUAUUCGGUUGGGUAUUGGAUGUGGAAGAGAAGCGCACAAUCAGUGGACAACUUCAACUUGGAUUUCUGUGCAACUACGUAAAAAAGGUGAAUGGGAGGAAAGAGGUAAAUGCCAUUCAUUUUCAUAUUGAAAAUAGCCUAGUUACUUUCAGAAAAAAUGAUAUGUGCAUGGCUCUGGGUCUUAAAUUUGGAGGAGUUAAACCACAUGUAGAAGAGAAUUUUAGGGGGCGUUGUGGAGAAAGUAUUUUGGAAACACAUCCGGG